AUGGCUGCAUCAGAAGUGCAAGGAGAUGAAUGGGAUUUACCAUGCUCAGACGAUGAAUUAUCCAAGACCGGAAUAUUCAUUGGCAAAAGUUGGAUGCCUGAUCCUACAGAAUUAGAAGAAUUGUACAAAACAAUUGAAAAAACAGGGACUUUGUCCUUAGAAUGGAAAUGCCCAGGCCGACGAGCACCAUCUCCUGUACCAGUUAGCAAGGAAAACCAACCUGAAAUACCUGUGUCUCCUAUAAGAGAAGAAAAGUCUGAUUUUGAUUUCAUGGAUGAAGUCAGUUCAUUGCGUUUGCGUGUUCGUAGAGAAGGAGAAGACACAUUAAGAGGUUCUGCAAAGAAGAAAACUACUUCUUUUGAUGGAAUUUUGUCUAAUAUGAUAAGGCAUAAGAGGAUAGAGCAGUUGGAGAAACAGGCAAAUACUCCAUCAUCAUCUCCCAACAAUGCUUGA